GCUGUCGUUGAUUUUUUUUUUUUUUUUUUUUUUUGUGAAUUAAAAAUAUAGUUUGUUCAUUUGUUGUGUAUUCUGAGUUUUGAAGAUGAAGAUGACUUCUGUAAUGAGUUAAUAGUCACUUCCAUUAUUUUAUUUACUUUUAAUUUGUGGAUUUUCUUGUGUUGAUAUGUGCCAUGGCAACCUGAGAGAGGGAAGGAGAAUAGGAGGAGAUGAGUGUUUUCCGUUGUUUUUAUUUUCCUUUAUUUUUAAUUUGUGAAUAUAUAUGAUUUUGGGAUGAUGAUCAAAUUCGUAUGUUCUGCAAAAAAAUCAGGGAUAAUUUUGGCAUCUUAGAAGAAAUGGAAUCAUGUAAAAACAGUAGCUUUUUAAAAAUAGCUUAUUGACCCUAUCAGCUAUCCCAACAAGCUCUUCUACCAAACACUAAUUUUGACUGAUUGACCAGCUAAUGAUAAGCUGAUAACCAAACACCCCCUAUAUAUUCGCCAUUUUAGCUUUACAAUACCUUUCUGUCUCUCUCUCUAUCUUCCCCUGUUGGGAAGAGAUCGAUAUGGAUAAUGGAGAAGUAGUUGAAAAUGAGGAGCUGAUUGUCUGGAGCGGAAACCAGCCGGAGAAGAAGCCAACUGGUGGGUCUGCGCUGCCGGCCAUCGACGACGGUGGUAUCGAGAAGGAGGCGGCCGCCGGAGAAGCCGUACCUAAACCAAACACCGCAGGUGCAUUGAAAGGGAUGGCAAGAUCACAGUUGUAUGAGAUCUGUGCAGCCAAUCGCUGGAGCCCACCAGUCUUUGACUGUUGCAGUGAGGAAGGUCCAAAUCAUCAGAAAAUGUUCAAGUUGAAGGUAAGGGUAGAGAUAAACAGGGAACAUAAAGCGACGACUUUGGCGUGUUUUAGCAACCCGUUUCCGAAGAAGAAAGCGGCGGCGGAGAAUGCAGCUGAAGGGGCACUCUAGUUCUUGAACCAUCUUGGUUAUCACUCAAACAAUCAGUGAAAAUCCUGGUUUUUCUGUCAGUCUGUAGUGGCAGUUGGUGACAUCUGAACAUCAUUUACUGGUGGUUCUUCAUCCUUAAUUAGCUUGUCUAUUUGUGUUGAUUAGAUGCAAUUACAAUAAAAUUGUAAUUUCAUAACAUUUUGUUUUUUAGUUAGAGGAGCAAGAAUUUACAACCCUUCUUCUCUUCUCUCAGAUACUGUUUACUGAAUCAGCGAGCUAAACUCGUAUCAGAAA